UUGUUUACACCUGAACACCAUUUUGAAAUUUGUUGUCUUCUUGUGUUUUCUUGAAUUGUGUUUUUUUGAGUCGAUUCGAUCGAUCAUCCUAAAUACAUAUUGAUAUUAAGACAUUAAAUCAACGACAAAACCUCCAAGGAAGUAAUGACGCCCGAUCCAAAGGUUUUAUUUACCAGAAAAUGGAUGCUCGCCAACCACAAGUCACCGGCACCGUUUCAACAAGAGAAAUUCGACACUAUUUUCUCCAGCCAGUCAAUACAGAAACAUGUUGAGGAUUUAAAAAACUCCAUAGACAUUGAGCUGUACAUCAGCCCGCGUUUGUUGCCUGAAGACUCUUACAUUAACUUGGAGAUUUACAGUCACAAGCAUCCUCACAUUCCGAUUAAUUUGAGCCGAGUUGCUACUGCUCGUUCCUGUCACAACGACGAUUCGAAUGCGUUGAUAAUUGUGAAGGACGUACGAAUCGCUGGCAACAAAUUGGCUAAACCGGAACGUACAAUCAGUCAUUAUGAAACGCUUUUUCGCAACAAUGGCAUCGACCAGAAGCUAAUUACAUUCAUGCCUCUGUCUCAGCUGUUGAACGAUUAUGCUGGCUACGAAGAACGACGUAAACUUGCAUUUCUGUAUGAACAGUUCAUUGUUGACAAGGAUAUUGCCGCUAAAGUGAAUGCUUUCCUUGGAACGAAAUUGCUUCACGAAGGUCGUGCGGCGUUCCCGGCUGAUUUUAGCGACCAUCUUACAUUGGCUGAUAAGAUUCAUAAGGCUUUACGAAUGGUCUACUGCAUGUACACACAGCCAACAGACGACCAAGAAUCGAAAAGUAUUAUUCGAGUUGGACGACAUGGUAUGGCUAAUGAGCAUAUUGUCGAAAAUAUCAUUGAUCUUCUCCACCAACUGCAGGAACUGCAUCCAGGUGGUUGUAACAACGUUAGCAGAUUGGUUAUCCGUGCAAGCUCGGACGUCGGAAAGCCGUUUGAAAUUUACAAAGAUGAAGCCGGUCCUGUUUACCCCGAAGAAGCGGCCACAACUGACGAAAAUUCGCCAGCCAACAAAUCGGAAGUGGAUGAAUCUUUACUACAAAAAGUCUAUGUGCACACUUCAAUUAUACCUAAUGACCAUAUCGUACCGGACAAGGAAGAAGAUUCCCCCAACGAUGUUCGACGUGACAACAGUCAACCGCAAGCUCCCCCUAAAGCGCAAAAUGUACCAGCCAAUUUGGAGCAACAAGUUCUUAACUGUCUCAAACAGUAUGUGGCUAAAUCAAACAUGAACAUGAACGCCAACAAUGCUCCUGGUAUGGUAACAGCUAAUCGAGUUAUUAAACGACGUAGAGUUCCAGUCGCUGGGCCAGGCAAUCGUAAUGGCAAAAUGUUUUAAUGUCAUAAUGCCGAACAGUCUGGGGCAGUACAGUCACUGCGUUUGAUAUAUUUUAUGUGAAAACACUCCGAAGAAAUAAAUUCAUAAAAAUAUCCGAUAGGCGAACAAAA